GUAAAACAUAGCUGUUAAGUCAUAUGGCGCGGUUGUUUUGAUUACUUUUUUAGAAACUUAUAGUAACUCUCUGAAAACCUCGUGAGACCUCCAAAAACUUUUGCAGACACUGGCAAAGAAAUGGAUAGUCCUACUGUGUCCAGCGAAACCCUUAACUUAUUUGAUAACUCCUGCUGGGACAUCUCACAAAGUACCACGAAUAAAAUUUUGACAGGGAACAAUGCCCUGGACAGUUUUUUUGGAGGUGGAAUAUCCUUGGGUCAAGUCAUAGAAUUGAUUGGCAAUUCGGGCAGCGGAAAAACGCAAAUGUGUUUACAGCUGUGUCUAAAUGUGCAAAUACCAAAGCAUGCUGGCGGCUUGGAAGGAAGUGCUUUGUUUAUUGACUCACGACAGGACUUUCAUCCAGACAGAUUGCUGGGCUUAGCUCAGGAACUGGAAAAGCAAUAUAAACACAAAGAACCAGAGUUUAAAGCCCUUGAAAUGCUGAAAAAAAUCCACUAUGUGAGAUGUCCAAAUGUGGUUCAGUUAAUGGCCACCGUCUUAAGUUGUCACAGGCACCUCGUAGAUCAUCCUGAUAUAAAACUGAUUGUAAUCGACUCCCUGGCAUUUUCGCUGCGAAUGCUCGAAGAUGGCGCCAGGCGUUACGAGCUGCUCCUGGAACUGCAUGAAAGCAUGAGAAGACUGCAACGUCAACACGAAUUGGCCUGGGUCGUCACCAAUGUGCUCACACAUCGCUGCAUCAAAGAGCGGUUCCAUGUGGAGCCCGCCUUGGGGGACCAGCAUUCACACCUGAUCAAUGAGCGCAUCUGGUUUUCGGGCACCUCAGAGCGUUACCUGGGCAAGUCGUGGAGAACCAGCAGAUUAAUUAAGGAGGCCGACUGAAGAUGGAUUGGGUUUGCCUUUUACUUGUUGUUAAUUUUAAAAAAUAUGUUUAGAUACUGAAUUGUCAUAUUUUGCAAAACUUAGAAUUAUCAAAUAUAUUAUGUUAGUCUAUAUGUAAAACCAAAAAAUAAUUAUUGGUCGCCGAAUCUGGCUAUUAUAAGUAUUUGUACCCGAAAA